AUGGAUCACAGCAGAACUGAGGGAGGCCUCCUCUCCUGAGAACUUGCUAAGAAGAGGGAGGUCAUCCUGAUGUUGGGUACAGAGUCUGGAGCCUAUGAAGAGGGCCAAAUAUCACAGUAUGUCUCAAACUGGUGAUGUGAGCAUGGAGCCUCUGAAAUGGCCAAUAGCUCCAGAUGGCUACAUCCCCAACUCUGUCAUCCGAAACUGGAGGAAGAAGAGAAAGGAUCUUAACAAUGUGUACUGUUUUGAUGACUUUUAUAGUUCUCAUCAGGUGAAUAAAUGCACAGCAAAUGAUGAGGAACAUGUGAGCACAAGAGUUUUCUGGAUCAUACAAGAUGAUGAGGAAGAGGAAGAAAAGACAGAUGAUGUGAAAUGGAGAACGGGCGAAAAGGAAGAUGAGAAAAAUGAGAAAGCCAAGAAGGAAAAAACAAAGGUGCAGGAAAAGGAAAGGGUGGAUGAGAAGAAAGAGAAGGAAGAACACAAGAUGGAAAGAUAUGUCCUGACGCAGAUAAACACUAACACUACUCUGCAGAACCAGCUGAAAACAUUUGAUGACGGACAAAUGAAUUUGGAGCCUCAAAGGCAAGAAGUCCACUCAACAUUUAAUCCAAGAAAGACUGUGAACUUCCUACCAACCAUCUGUCCUAAACAUGGACCUAAACAACUCAGAGAGCAAACAAAGCUUCAUGAAACCAUCACACCUCCCCUCCAGUCGGGCACAGAGAGAUACUCUGUGUCCGAUAAACAAAGAACAUCCAGUUUAAUUCCUAAAGAGUGGCCGGAGCCUCCAUUGGAAAGUCCUGUGGUGUCUGUAGAUGCUGUCAUCCCAAAGCAAGAACCCAGAACCUCGUGCAUACCACCUACAAAGCCCGAAAACAUGACUCCUUAUCCCCUGAAGGCUCCUCCUUCAACCCCAGAGGAUCAUCAACCCCAACUAGACCUUUGGCCUCCUAAAUGCUCGCCAAUGAAGCGAGAGAUAAAGAGAGAUAAAGGGUUCCUCCUGUCUUCGACCAAAUAUAACAACAUCAGAGACCAACUACAGGUAACCCUUGAUCAAAAAGUCUUGAAGCUUUAUAAAAAAUUGAAAGCUGGCACCAAGAACUCGUCACGCCUUGGAAAACACUCCACCAUUACUGAGCACCCAGCUACUUCUAAGGCUAUGCAGGCUCGCAAAGGCUUCUGUCCUCCUGCUGAUUCUAAGGCUAUACACACUCUCCAAGACUUCUGUUCUCCAUGGGUAGCACAGUUGGCCGCUAGAGAGCAUCCAGUCAAGUCUUCCAAUGCCAGACAACUUGCGGCAACCAUCCCAGCAACAGGACAUCAGAGAUUGGUGCAAAAGAUCCAGAUGAAAGACACUCUAGAACCAGCAUCCUUUCACUUCCACCAUGUGAUCCCAAUGUACUCCCAACAGAGCUUCUUUACUUUGAAUCCAUCUGGGACGACCCAGUACGGAAGGCUGCAGUUUCACUGGAUAAGGGGACAUGAUAUAGGUGGCUUUGUUCCAUCUUUAUAGAUCGACUUAGCAACUGGCCAGCUCUUGAAUUAUUUCAUAAUGAGGUAUCUGGCUGAACAAUAAAAUCAUCUGUUGCAUUAAUACAAUAAUUUAGGUUCAAACUAUGGUAAUGGUGAUGUUAGUUGGUUGGUCUUUGGUCCAGACUAACAUUUCUCAACAAAUUUUGUACAAACAUUCAUGAUCCCAAGAAAAUGAACCCUACUAAAUUUAGACAUAGGCCUACCCUUACUUUUCCUCAUGACCAUGUCACAACUGUCCAGUCACCAUCAAUUCAUGUCAUUGGUUCCUAGGCAUUGUAUCCUAAUAAUUUUGGUGACACCUAGCGCCACCAGCAGGUUGACAUUUGUGGUUGAAAUGUCUCAAAAACUAUCGGAUGCUUUGCAAUUUCAUUCAUGUCCCCCCAAAUUAAUUUUAACAACUUUCUUAAUUGCCUGUUGAUUCUUUUAGUCGUUAGUUUGUUGUAAGUAUGAACUGAUAUUUUGUGGUGUUAAUCAACUGCAACAAGUGUCUGAGCUGUCUGUUGAUAUAUGAUUAAUAACAAUACAUAGGACAAAAAACAUGGACA